AUGACGUUCAACGGAAAGGCCGCCUACGCGCCAGACUAUGCCUCCUACAACUGGGUUGGUGCACCGGCAAACUACGGUCUUACGACCAACGCUGACCUGGGUGGUGAUUCCCGCGUUGAAAAUGUCAACAAAUGGUUUCAGUCCGGUGAUCAGGCUUAUAUCAUCGUGUCGUCGGCCAUGGUCAUGGUCAUGAUCCCCGGACUGGGCUUCCUCUAUUCCGGCCUGGCGCGACGAAAGUCCGCUCUGAGUAUGAUUUGGGCCUGUAUGGCUUCCAUGUCGGUCAUCACCUUCCAAUGGUACUUUUGGGGCUACUCGCUCGCCUUCUCGACCUCGGCAACCAAUGGCUUCAUUGGCAACUUGCGCAACUUUGGGUUGAUGAACACGCUCGCCAAUCCCAGUCAGGGAUCCGCAUUGAUUCCUGCUUUGCUUUACGCUUUCUAUCAGAUGCAAUUCUGUGCCGUUACAGCAGCUAUUGUCAUGGGCGCUGUCGCAGAGCGUGGUCGUCUUUUCCCCGCCAUGGUCUUUACCUUCAUCUGGGCCACAAUUGUCUACUGCCCGCUUGCCUGUUGGGCCUGGAACGCCAACGGCUGGGCCUUCAAAUACGGCGUCCUCGACUAUGCCGGUGGUGGCCCCGUCGAGAUCGGCUCCGGUUUCUCUGCGCUGGCCUACAGCAUGGUCCUGGGCCGCCGUCAAGAGCGUAUGAUGCUCAACUUCCGCCCACACAACGUUUCUUUGAUUCUCCUGGGAACCGUCUUCCUCUGGUUUGGCUGGCUCGGCUUCAACGGUGGCUCUGCCUUUGGUGCUAACCUGCGUGCCACAAUGGCCUCUUGGAACACGAACCUCACUGCCGCCUUCGGUGCCAUCACCUGGGUGUUGCUUGACUGGCGUCUGGCCCGCAAGUGGUCCAUGGUCGGCUGGUGUUCCGGCACGAUCUCUGGACUGGUCGCUGCCACUCCUGCUUCCGGUUUCAUCUCUCCCUGGGCUAGUGUCGUUCUCGGCAUUGUGACGGGUAUUGUGUGCAACUACGCCACCAAGAUCAAGUACUGGAUCCGAAUCGACGAUAGUAUGGAUGUGUUGGCUGAGCACGGCAUUGCCGGCAUUAUCGGUCUUUUGUUCAAUGCCUUCUUCGCUGACGAUGCCAUCGUCGGAUUGGAUGGUGUCAACACGGGCAUGGGCGUUGGUGGCUGGGUCAUCCACAACUGGAAGCAGCUUUACAUUCAGAUCGCAUACAUUGUCGCCACUGCUGCCUACUCUUUCGUCAUGUCUGCGAUUAUUGCCUACGGCAUUAACGCCAUCCCCGGAUUGAACCUGCGUGCCUCGGAAGAGGCCGAACUUCUCGGUAUGGACGACGACCAGCUCGGCGAGUUCGCCUACGACUAUGUGGAAGUUCGUCGUGACUACCUUGCCUGGACUCCCCAGAAGCAGGAUCAGCUGGAGGACGGCCACGAAAUCCCCGCUGCCGAGCGUUACGGCAUUGGUGAGCAUUCUGAGAUGAUGCUGGAGGGCCAGCCACCCAACGGCGAGCCCAGCCAGAGCUCUCGUGGCGGCAGUGAAGGAGACAUGCGUAUUCAAGAGGUCAAGAUGGCACCGGCUCCCAGACAGGUGGCUGAGACGAACCCUCCACACACUCAGCGACCUCCUCCCACUGAUACUCCUGCCGUGCUCAAGCCCGUCAAUGAAAAGACCGAUUAA